CCUGUAGCAUCAAGAUCGAGAUCAAGGUCUGAUAGUGAGUAAACAUCGAAGUGUCGGUGUAAAGUGAACGUUUAUUAAGUAACGUGCGAGAUGAAUGGGCAAAAGUUUUCCCUUUCGUUCAGCAAGAAAAUAGAGAAGAAAUCGUUACAGCCCUCAGCCUUGGGAGGUGAGAGCAGAACGGAGGUGAAGCGCACCCCUCAGGCCCUGCUCGCUGUGGACCAGGACUCCCUCAAAGUAAAUGAGAAUGCAGAGGAGGAGGAGCUUGUCAUCCCACUCCUGCAGGCCAAGAGAUCUGCAGUGUUGAGUCGUCUGGCCAAACUGCAACAGGGGGAUGGAGGGAAGGAAGGUGAAGGAAAGAAGGAAGAGGAGACUACUCAGGAGAAUCAGGAAGACAGCAAACCCCUUACACUGGAGGAAAAAGCUGAACAUGCUCUUUUGGAAGAGAGCAAGAGGAGGUUGGAGGAAUGGACUGCACGGGAUGUCAAGAAGGACAUUACCAUCCCCAUUGAAGACCAACUUUCAGCUCCACUGACAGACAUUGGCAAGGAGUCCACACUGGAUGACUAUGAUGAGAUUGCAGUGGAAUCUUUUGGUGCUGCUAUCCUGAGAGGCAUGGGAUGGAAGAAAUCUGAGGGCAUUGGUGGCAGAGAGAAAAAAGUGAUAGAUAUUAUUGAUCCCUCCACCAAGACUCUAGGCUCCAGUGAGGGAAAGCAAACCACAACACAGAAGAAAGAAGGUGAAGAGUUAGGGGAGGAUGAGGAAGAGCUUCCCGUUGUCAAAGGUGCCUAUGUCUUCCUCCACAGUGGCCGUCAUCGAGGAACUUAUGGGGUGGUUGAGGUGGUAGAUGAGGACCAUGUACUCAUAAGGGCAGCAGUGGGACAGGCAGUGCUAAGGGAGGUGGAGGGCAACUUGCGUGUGGCCACUCAGAAGGAAUACCGAGAAUCUUCACGUGUCAUCAACAAGGAAAUGUAUGAUAAAUUUAAGGAAGCUGAAGUGAAGAACAAUGAAGCAAAGAAGAAAAUGCUAUGUGAGGAAGAUAAAGAAGGUAGUGGGAGUGAUAGAGACAGAAAGAGGUCUCAGAAAACAAGGAGUAAAGAUAGAAAGGAAGACCACCGAGAUGCAGACUCUGAAUGUGUCAAAUUGAAGCAAGAGGGUAGUGAAUGGGAUAAUAACAGAAAACAAAGGGAAAGUGACAAUGAGCAGAAGAGAGACAAGAAUGAAGGGAAGAGAGAUGAAGCAGAAGUUAGGCCAAGAGAGAACAGUAAUAAACAGAGUGAAAAAUACAGAGACAGGGAUGAUAAGAGACAGAGAGACCGAGAUGAAGAGAGGCAGAGGAGACACAGGGAAAAGGAAUCAGAGAAGCAAAGAUAUAAGGAGAGGAAACUAGUGUACAGCAGAGAAGAAAGGAAAGACAAAUAUCAGAACAAAAGAGAGAGUGACAGGAAGGCACAGGACCCACAGGAAAGGCUGUACAAAGACACACAAGCAUCAGGAGGCAAGAAACGACAAGAGGAAUUCUCUGAAGCACAAGAGACAAAGGCAAAGCAGCAGAGAAUGAUCACACCACCUUGGGUCCAGGAAAAUUUACGAGUGCGAAUUAUUAACAAGAACUACAAAGGAGGGAAAUACCAUAAGCAAAAGGUAGUGGUGGUGAGUGUGGUGACGGCUGAGAGCUGUGAGUGUGUUGUGGAUGGUGGCCAGCUCCUGGAUGGUGUUGACCCAGCCUGGCUGGAAACAGUGAUCCCCAAACAACCUCCAAUGGUGGUGAUGGUGGUACGGGGACGAUACAAUGGACAGACUCCAGCAUCACAGGUAGACAAUUCCCAGCUGGGAAAGAGCAGUGCUAUGCAGAAGCCAGGGCGGGCCAGACCAGCUGGUGCUGCUGGUCCUGAGGUCAAGAUGGUACCAGCAUCUGCCACAGACCCAACAUCAACAACAGAUGGCUUUCAUGCCUUAGUUCUGGGGACAGAUAAGGCAGUGGUACUUUUCACACUGUUUAUGUCGGUGAGGUUGACAACAGUCAUCCGGCCCCCAUGCUCGGUGGCCUCCCCACUACUCAUGAUAGAAGGGACGCAUCUUACAGCUACACAAGGAUCAGGAGAAAGCAUCCAUUCAGCUCCUUGAAGAUGAGACCACCAUCCUCAAACUGCAUUAUGAUGACAUCUGUGAAUAUGCGGUCAGAUAAUGAACCAAUGAUGCCUGAGGAAACACCUGCCAAAAUCUCAAGUAAAGGUCUAACAGUGACCUGAUGAGAAUGAUCUGACAAAGGGUAAUGUUAGGUCAUCUUCCACCAAGCACAUGUAUCCUUGUACAAAGAUAUGUUUUCUUUUGUAUGGCCUUAUUGAGAGAGAGAGAGAGAGAGAGAGAGAGAGAGAGAGAGAGAGAGACAGAGAGAGUUAUGAUGCUUAGAUUAUAAAUGUGCAAAUAAAAAAUAGACUACUACUAAGACUUUUCUCUUACAAUUUAAGAACGUGUCUUCCUCCUUCUCUCCUCUGUUUUCCAAAAUUAAAGUCAAAAUUUAUAUAUGAAUUUUAUCUGGGUAUUUCAUCUUGACUACAUUGAACAGGCUUUAUUGCAGGUGUGGACAAACUACUGCAUGUGUCCCACCAAAGGAAUUCAUGCAGCUUAACAAAUAUUUUUGAAUUUGAAAGAGAAAGUUAAUAAACAAUGCCAAAUAAUA